GUUUGGCAUACCGCGCGUCCAAUAUUUACAGAUGAUGACAUUUCACCUGAUAAGAAAUUCCUCGGGGCAGGAGGAAAGCAAACGUGCGUGAUGCCCGGUGAUGCCACCGUUUUUGAUCGAUAGGGAGCGGUGAAAAGUUUGACCGAACUACUUCUGUCCUCCACCUCCACCUCUUCGCCUCCCCCCUCCGACUUCCCCGAAGAUACUCAUCUAGAAAUGAGCGGCACGGAGAAGAAAUACGAUAACGAGAAGACGGCCCACGGUGACGACGUUAGCGUUGAGGCACUCUUGGAGAAAGCCAAGCAGGAAGGCAUAAAGCCGAUCUUCCUUGCGAAAGUCAAGGUUCUCAACGACGCGAUUUCAGAGUGUGGACUCGGUCGUCACCAGUACGAAUUGUUCUUCACGGCUGGUUUUGGAUGGUUCGCGGACAACAUCUGGUUGCAGGGUAUUGCUAUCCUGAUGCCCGCCAUUGCGAAUCAGCACAACUUCCCGAACUACUCAAGUAACAUCCGGAUGGCUACCUUUGCUCUUUACGUUGGUCUUAUCGUCGGCGCCAUCUUCUGGGGCAUGACCUGCGAUGUGAUCGGACGUCGGACCGCAUGGAAUGCGUCUCUAUUCCUCUCUGGAAUAUUCGGCAUUGCGGCAGGGGCUUCUCCCAAUUUUGUGACUCUCGGAGCUAUGCUGGCUUGCAUCGGAUUCGGUGUGGGAGGUAAUUUGCCUGUCGACGGCGCGCUCUUCCUCGAGUUUUUGCCGGGUCCGUACCAGUAUCUGCUUACGUUCUUGUCCGUCUGGUGGGCCAUCGGUCAGGUCGUUGGCUCGCUGAUUUCAUGGGUUUUCCUCGCCAAAUUCUCGUGCGACACCACUCUUGUCGGUACGGUACUCGCGAAUGGCAGCAUUUACCAGUGCGACAACACUAACAACAAUGGCUGGCGAUACUCAUACUACACUCUUGGCGCGAUGAUGCUCUUCCUCGGCAUCGUCCGCAUAUUUGUGUUUCCCAUGGAUGAGUCGCCCAAGUUCCUGCUGAGCAUCGGUCGCGAUCAGGAUGCGGUCGAUGUUGUGCACCGCAUUGCCAAGAAGAAUAAGGUCCAAUGCAAGCUCACUGUGCAGGAUCUGCACGAUGCGGCUAGUCCUUGGAUUGAGCCUGGCGAAGAAAUUCCGCCCGUCAAGUUUUCCACUUGGGGUCUCAUCAAAAACAGCUGGGAGCACCUGAGCGGCGAAAACAUCAAGGGUCUCUUUGCGACACCGCGUCUGGCGUACUCGUCUGGUCUGAUCAUUUUCAUUUAUGGUUCUCUUGGUCUCGCCUACCCCCUUUUCAACGCUUUCCUCGGAGGUUAUCUUUCGUCUCGCGAGAAGAGCACCGGUAACACGGGUAUCGACGCGACCUACUCUGCAUACACUUAUCAGGCUGCGUGCGGAGUUGCCGGCUCGUUUCUCGCCGCGCUCAUGGUCCAGUGGUCACGCGCCGGACGCAAAUUCUCCAUGGCUUUCUUCACCAUUAUGUCCGGUGUUUUCCUGUUCGCUCUGACGGCGGCGAGAACCUCAGUUCAGGUCAAUGCGCUCGUUUCCAUUGCCAGUUUCUGGGAGAAUGCGUUCUAUGGGGUUCUAUAUGGAUAUGCUCCCGAAGUAUUUCCGACUCCUCGACGAGGCACUGGUGAUGCGCUGGCUGCCGCAUCGAGUCGUGUCACCGGUCUCAUGGCUCCUGUGAUCGCUGUUUACAGCCAGGCCGGAAAGACUCCAAAUGGACCUGUCUACGCGAGUGCAGCCAUCUUUAUUGCCACGGGUCUGCUGAUGCUUGGUCUGCCGAUCGAGACCGUUGGUGUCACGGCGUUCGUUUUUGUUUCCUUCGAUAUCUGCUCUCCGUUGUCUCAUUCCGACUAGGCUUUGAUCAAGGUCCAAGAUACCCUUGACCCACCCCCGUUCAUCCAGGGGUUCCGACAUUGGGCACUUUGCUCGUGCGUCUCAUUCAACAGGGACGCGCUGUUUUUGUUCGUGUUAUAAAGCGAGCUGCGCAGUAAUUCAUUCUAGGGUUGGAUGAGCUAUCAUGCAGUAUUGAAUAUCAUGCCCAUAUACGACUGAAUAAUUCAAACCAUUGCUUCGAUAUAGUCACGAGCAGUUUUAGACAUAAAGACUACACUCCAAAAGUGAUCUAUGUUUUAGAAAAUAGAAAAAGGAUAAGAUGAACCCGUACAGCAUAUGAAUACGAACGAUUGGUGUUUACAUUUUACAAGGAUAUACGUGAUCUAGAAAUCUGGACUGAGGCAUUUGGAGAUUCUAGUCUGUAAAUCAGCCCGGAAUCCUCGUCUAAAUAGAACGACGUCAUACUUUGAUGGGUUGGAGGUAGAUUAACAGAUGAUCUUGCUCGAGUAGUUCGAGGAAGGUCAACUGAAAGUGCGAAAGUCAGAGCUUGGAUGACGAUGGCAGUCAUAUAAAUAUGAUUGUACCUCCGAGCGGCUGUUGUUGGAUUGUUAAAGUAACAAGACGGGUCAUGACUGCCUCGCCAGCCACAGUGACAGCACUGGCCACCGCGCUCCCUGGUCUUCGGUGUAGUUGCAGUCGCGCGCGGAGGAUCUCCGGUCCGGGUGGUCGACGGUACAUAAGACACUGUCGAGACAGACGAGCUGGAGCACAUUAGAGCCAAAGUGAUGCGUGGAUGAUUGCGAAAGCGGGUGUCGUAGAUGGAGAGAGUAGCUGAAAGACUGCUAACUUUAUAAGGCGUGUCUCCUUCAGGUCAUGUAUUCAGUCAUGUACUCGGCGUAGGUUUCUCGAACAGACUAGGGUCUUGGCCUAGACCUCCCACGAACGAAUCCCAGACGACACUGGACAUCUUUGGCAGCUUCUUUGCUUCCUUGCCGCCAGUUUUAUCAGAAGGGUUCCCUCGUACGAUACACCGGUGGGGACGGGUUCUCUUCACCAGGCUAGAAGACGUACAUGUUCAUGCUAGGAAUGAGAGCUCAAACUCGAUUGUCUUCCAAGCGCUCCAACAGGAGAAAAUUAGAGCCCUCGAUCAUUCAACACCUUAUGAACUUACGUUGGGACAGAAUGGAAGCAAACGACUAUUAUGCAGCAAAGCCAAAGAGGGUCUCCCGUCUCGAUGGAUAGAGUAUGGUAGGCGCCUGCUUAGCGCUGCGUUGUGCAGAAGUCUGGACCGAGACUCUCGGACCGGUUCAAAACACCUCCUGAAGUUUUUGGCAGUCGCAUAACCGCUUCGGUUCGGCUCGUGUCGAGGCCGACCCAUGAAGACCGUCUUCUUCCGGGAGUCUUCAAUCCGGAUGUUCAAAUCCAAGACCCGGGUGCGA